AUGAAGCCCGUCAAGAAGCCCGCUAGCAAGAAAGCUGCUACCCCGCCUAAGAAUGCGCCUUGCGUUCGGCACGGCACAGCGGCCAUCUCGAGGGGGCGCAAGGACAAGGCUGCGUGGGAGAGCUGCGUCAAGGAUUUCGUUAACCGCUCUGAAAAGUUCGUGAUCGACAAGCUGCGCAAGGAGAAGAUCGUGCCAAAGUGGGAGGGCGCCACCUGCCCGCAUUGCAACGAGGGCGUCCUCGGGCCGCUGAAGGAUCACGGGGAGAAGAAAGGCGGGUGGGGGCAUCGGUGCAGCCGUAAUUGGUGCACUCGCCACGUGUCGCCGCACUCGUUCCACCUCAUAUUCAACGCCGGCACGGGCCAAUCACACCCGACCAUUGCGGAUCAGUCCGCCGUCUUCUUCUGCGCGGUCGCAGGUUGUCUUCAAGCGACCACGCGCCUCUUGCUGAAGAAGAGCCACAAGGAGAUCGAAGGCAUGUACAAGUCGCUCCACGCUGCGCGCGCCACGCACGCGCGCCUUAACGAGCCGAAGACCAAGUUCGGCAACGACGUGGAGUGGGCAGAUGUCGAAGCCGACGAGGCGGAUUGGGCGCCCCUCUCUAAGAAGUGGCUGAAGGGACGGAAUGUAACCUUCCACACCGACGGCGCGAAGUCUUACAAGCUGAAGCAGCCUGGCGUCGUCCACGAUUGGGUGGUUCACCAGAAGAAGCGCAAGCCGGUGAAUGGCAACAAGAAGCGGUACCACGACGUCCCAGAGCCUUUGAGCGCGGGCGCAAAGAAGAGGAUCUGGGUCAAAACAGGCACCCAGAUUACCGACGGCAUCUGGCGCGAGCUCCGCCGCUUCGUCGGAAAGAAAAAGGCCGUCGGCUCCGCUCUCGUCAAGCAGAAAGUUCGCAGCUUCCAGUGGAUGCAUUGGAAUCGCGGCAAGGAUCUGCGGCACGAGACGGGCGCCAUGCCGCACGAUGUUUGGCAGAAGAACUAG